AUGGCCGCGACUUUGACGGGAAGGAAGAGGAAUUAUGAAGAAUUUUCCCUGGAUAGUAAUAAUGCCGACUCAAGCAUGCGUGACCAACUUUCCAGACAAAUUUCGGAUCUACAGCACUCCUCGAGGCAAAACCAAGCAUUUGUGACCCUGGGGGUUUUAAGCAAUGGCAGUGAUGAAAAAGGUGGUGCUGCUGGUGUCGGUGGUGCUGCUGCUGGUGUUACUGCUAGUGCUGGUGCUGUCGGUGGUGCUGCUGCUGGUGCUUCUGCUGCUGCUGCUGCUGCUGCUGCCUCUGCUGCUUCUGCUGGUGCUGCUUCUACUGGUGAUACUGAAGCUGAUAGUGAGUCUUUAGAGUCGGCAGAGUCCACGGAUUCGGAUGACGAGUCCGAUAACGAGUUUGACGACGAUGGCGAAAACGAAAACGCUGACUCUAACGGAAACGCAAUGUCGCCUGCCGAAGCCGGUGUAAUUGAAAAAUUAACAUUGAAAAAUUUCAUGUGUCACGAUUUUUUCGAAUUAGAGUUGGGUCCUCAAAUCAAUUUCAUAAUUGGCCGAAACGGUUCGGGGAAAAGUGCUAUUUUAACAGGAAUAUUGGUGGGUCUUGGUGCUAAGGCCAGUGACACCAAUAGAGGAAGCUCCAUUCGAGAUUUGAUAAAGGACAGUAAGAACACUUCUCGUAUAUCUGUUGUUUUGAAAAACGAAGGUGUUUGGGCUUUCAAACCCGAGGAAUAUGGUAGGAAGAUUAUAAUUGAGCGCAAGCUACAAAGAAAUGGGAGCAAUACGUAUGCGAUAAAAUCUGAAGAAGGCAAAACGGUAUCAACAAAGAAGGCGAUUUUAGAGGAAAUACUAUAUCAAUUCAACAUCACCAUUGAUAACCCGUUAGCCUUUUUAUCUCAAGAUAAAGCGCGUGAAUUUUUAACAUCAGCCACGGCAGAAACAAAGUUUGAAUACUUUAUGGACGGUGCAUUCAUUACCGAUAUUUGUAACAAUCUCGACUUUACCAAGAGUAACAUAGGAGAAAUUGACAAUAAGAUUAAGCAAUCAAAAGUCUAUACAGCAAAGUGUAAGGCCGACUACAAAGCUAUUGCUAAGAUUUAUAAUUCUCACAAGAAACAUGACUAUCUCAGGGAUAAGUUGGACUUGUUGAGCGGUAAAAUACAUUGGUUCAAUGUGAAUGCUAUUGAAGAGAAAAUCAUGCGAUUUUCAGCCAAGGCAGCCAUGCUUGAAAGUCAAAUAGAUACAAAGAAGGCUGAAAUCGAAGCUUUUGACAAGGAGAUUGAACAAAAGAUACCUGAGCAAAGUAGACUAGAAGGGGAGUGUGUCAAAGCAGAGAGCGACUUUGACUUUAAAUCAAGGCAAGUGGAGGAAAUGAGAGAUGCAAGAAGCAAAGUUAAGGCUCAAAUAAAUGUCCUUGAGAAGGAUAUCAAAAAGAAUCUACUGGCAAUUGAGGAUUUGAAAAGAGAUAUUGUAAAAACAGAAAAAAACAUUGCACAAGAAAAGACAAAAAUUGAAGAGCAGCAGGGUGGCUCAAAAGAACAAAUGAAGGAGCAGUUGGCAAAUGUUGUUGUCGAGAUUAAACAAGUUGAACAGGAGAUUGAAGCGGGGAGACAAAGGAUCAAACAAAUAGAGAGAAAUCCCGACAGUCAACUAGAAGAUCUUUCCAAGGCAAAGCAAGAAGCUAGUGUUAAAAUACAAGAACUCAAUAUGCGACUAGUUGAUUUGGACAGGGACCAAAAUUCCCACUAUGCGCCCUGGGGUGCAAGUAGAAUGCAACUGAUAAAACGUGAUAUUGACCGAGGACACUGGGUUGAAAAGCCAAUUGGUCCAAUUGGGAGUUUAGUCCUGGUCAAAAGGGAAUUUGGGCCUUGGAAAUUACUCUUGGACGCAGUGUUGUCCAAGACAUUGGACUCGUUUAUUGUGGCAAAUGAAAAAGAUCGACCAGUAUUGCAACAAAUUUUGAGAAAACAUCAAGCUUACCACAAUAUCAUGGUUAGAAAAACAGAAAGGUUUAGUCUUGAUAACGGUAAAGCCGUUGUGGGAAUUACAGUUAUGGACAUGCUCAAUGUUGAGAAUGAAGGUGCGUUGUACGCAUUGAUUGACUCGAAUUCAAUUGAAAAAAUAAUCAUUGCACGAUCUUCAGAAGAGGCAGAGAGAUUGUGUCGCCAGUCAAACGUACAUAGUGUCCUACUUCAGUUUCUGAGAGACUCUGGCAAACGAGUUAGCUUCAAUGGAGACAUACGUCUUGAUCCGGUGUACUACCUGACCAAAGCUCCUAAAUUUGGUACCACAAAUAAGAAUGAGUUGCUUGAGGAGAUUAAGAGGGAAAUAAAUGAAGAGAAGCAAAACAUCAACAAUAUAGAAAGGGAACUUCGUUCGUUGAAAGUACAAAUAGACUCAGAAAGAAACAAACUUAUAAUCGAAGUGAAUCUCUUGAAACAAAAACUCGACAAACUUAAGCAACUACGAAGUGCAUUAGAGGAUAAAAUUGAAGCCGAGGUUGAUUUUACCAAUAUAACAAAUUUUGAAAUGAGGGUAGAGGAGAAUAAUUUGCAAAUCAAGCGUCUUGAACCUUUGAAUGAAGCACUUGCAGAGGAAAUUGAGGCAAAAAAGGAACGCUACAAUAUUCUCAAUGCCGAAGUGAGAAAAGCUAAACAAGCAGCGGCAGAUAGUCAGGAAAGUUUGGGUGCGGCUCGUAAAGCACUACGGACAGGAUUUGAGUAUUUAAAAGCUCUUGAGAGCGAAAAGAUAAACCGUGAACAAGAAAUCAGCAAGAACCAACUUGAGGUUGAGAAUGCACGAGGUUUAGUAGCAAAAGGUACUCCUAAAUUGAUGGCUGAGAUGGAAGAAGCGAAAAAAAUCUGCACCAGGGAAGAAGCCGACAUCAAGGAAAGUGAUACCCAGGAGUCCAUAAGUGACGAAUAUCAAGAUAUUAUGCAACAGAUUGCGAUUUCAGAAAAACAAAUAGGGUCAAAUUUCGAAGAGAUUGUGGAAAAGUUGAGGGAAGUAGAUGAAGUUGUUAAAACCGCAUUAGCAAAUGAGAAGGAGUUGGAAGAGAUACGGCGAAGAUUGAACGAGGAAUUAGUGGUAAGGCGCAAUUUUCUAAGUACUACAGUAAACCAUCAGAUAAAGACGGCGAAGAAAUCAUUUGAAAGCUCAAUGGAUUUGCGAGGUUUCAAAGGAUCAAUAAAUUUGAAUUUCAUAAAAAAGACAUUGGAUAUAUUAGUAAAGACAAAACAAGACGUUGAGGAGAGAAAUGCUGAUGGCAGAUCAGUUGAGUCAUUGUCAGGGGGGGAGAAAUCAUAUACUCAAAUUGCUUUGCUUUUGGCUAUUUGGCAAACUAUGAAUUCAAAAAUUCGUGGAUUGGAUGAGUUUGAUGUUUACAUGGAUUCAGUUAACCGGUCCAUUAGUAUUAAGUUAUUAUUAAAAAAUUUAUUAAAGUAUCCCAAAUCACAAAACAUAUUCAUCACUCCUCAGGAUAUUGCUGUAGUUGGUGAUUUGGACAAUGAAUGUGUCAAGAUUCAUAAGAUGUCAGAUCCCAGAAGAACUUAA